AUGUUAAAGCUAGUGGCAGCUGGGGCAUUGGAUGUCAAGGAAUUUUCAUCAUUUGAGAGUGCCUCUCCUUGCCAAAAGAAAGCUGUGUUUAUUGUUAGUAGCAUCCUCCAUGAUGUGACAGCAGCAAUCAUUCGAGAUGUGAUCCUGGCCAGUCAGUUUCAGUAUGUGGUUGUAAUCACAGCUGUCAGUCCACAGGUUCAUGUCUUCAGUAAAAUGGGAAGUCACAGUCCAGACCUUAUUGGAUCUCUUGGACUUGACCUCUUUCAGCAGUUUGAAGAAAAUAUAUUAGAAUGGAUGGGUAACAUGAAUUACACUGCUGAGGUUUUCCAUAUCCCCCUAACAACCAUAUGUAUGGGACAGAAUCUGUUUGUGAUGCCUGCAUACUUACAAAUGUUUCCACUUUUAAAAAUUGACGUCAGGGAAAUUGACAUCCGUUUGAGAAUUUCCAAGAGUCAGUCACCCAAUCCAGAAACUCCUGAAAAGACAAGUUGUCUGCCAGAUCUGGAACUACACCAGUUGUCAAGAAAUACACAAAUACUCUUUAAGAUGUUUAUAUCAUCUUUUAAUGAUUUCCUGGAACAAUUAUCCGUGAAAGAAGAUGUCUAUUCUAUGGGCCACACCAGUCGAUUACUUGCUACAGAAUUAGAGAAUUAUCCUCCUGCAAAGGCACGACGGAAGAAUUGCAACAAUAAAGCAUCAGUCAUUUUCGUGGAUCGAUCGUUAGAUAUUGUUGGUCCUGUUGGUCACCAAAUGGAAACGUUAUUUGAUCAACUUCUGGCCACACUGCCUUGUCUUCCUGGUCACAAUAUUGACAGAAUGAUUAACAUUGAACCAUUGAGAUCAACUGCUGAGUGUCCCAUGGAUACUUGCUCUGUUCAUGCGGAUAAAUCUGUCAUCGCUCCAGGUUCACUUCUCUCGGGCCUUGAUGAUAAUGAGCAAGAACUUAUUGAAACACUUGUUACAGCUAAACAGAAGGAUGCAUUGUCUGAAGUCAACCAUCGACUUCUUGAAGCUGCAGUACAAAAAAAGCUUCCAGUCAAGGUCUCUAAAAACCGUAAUAUGAAUGAGAAUUUAAAAGCAACACUUAAUUUAUUCAAAGGUCGAUAUGAAACUAUGCAGCCUCAUCUGACUACAAUACAAAUUGCUUUGGCCUUGGUUCAGCUAGCUAAACAUCCGUCCAACAACCAAUUAACUCACUUCCAAGCAAUGGAGAAAGUUCUUUUACAAAGCACUGCAGAGAAAAAUGUCUCACCUCUCAAUGAAAUUUCUGAAAUACUUCAUAUGUGUCAAAGUGAGAAGCAUAAAGCCCCUCAGGAAAGGUUGUACAGUUUGGAUGAUGUCUGGUGUCUCCUUCUUUUCUGUUAUUCACUUGCGGGAAAAGAUCGGUACUUGUGGGCCAAAGAAGAACGAGGAUUACAGGCUGGAAUUACAAAAGAAAUCAUGACAGAACUCAACAAUCUUCCUCCUGUGACGAAAACCCUUGUGAAAGACUGUCAUACAGAGAGUGGAAUAUCAGCUAUAGUUGAAGAUGUCUGGGAGAAACUAAAAUCAGUGGGAGAUGCCAGGGAAGACCUUAAGCUAUUUAGUUCUGUUCUUAAUCCUGGGGAUCAAAAUAACCCACCAAUGUACAGACCAAUUUUGAAGCAGAUGAUUGAACAUCUUUACCAAACAAACAAACCAGAUUUAGUUGAUAUUGAAUGUAAAUCUGGAGGGCUGAAGGAUUUAUUAAAAACAGGCUUUGGGCUUUUCAUGAAUGUUGCCAAGCCACGACCAAAUGACAACCCCUUGAUAAUAAUUUUUGUCAUUGGCGGAAUCACUACGACUGAAGUCAAACAAAUCAAAGAAACAUUGGCAGCUGUUCGAGCCGAUUCAAGGGUUUUCAUUGGAAGUACCCGAGCUGUGGAACCGUGCAAUUUAGCGUCAUCUAUAUUGUGUGGGAACAGAAAUAAUCCCUGGGUGUAA